AUGUCAUCUAGAAAUAGUAGAAGUAGAAGUAGAAGCAGGAGCAAAGAAAGAGGUGAAAGACGAAAAGAAAGGGAUUAUUACAGUAAUGAUAGAGGAAGAGAUAGAGAAAGAGAAUCAUAUAAAGAAAGAGAAAGAGAUUCAUAUAGAGACAGAGAAAGAGAAAGAGAUAGAGAACCAUAUAAAGAAAGAGACCCAUAUAAAGAACGUGAUAGAGAAAGAGAAUCAUAUAGAGAUAAUAGAGAACCAACCAACAGAGAUAGUUACAGAGAUAAUAAAUAUAACAAAGAGAAAUUAGAUGAUUCAUAUAAAAAAGAUAGUUAUACAAAUGAUAGAAGAAGCUUUGAUGAUAAUAGAGAUAGAUCCUAUCAAAAUAAAGAUACCGAAUCAAAACAAAAUACCACCACCACAACAACAACAACAACAACAACAAAUACAAAUACAAAUUCAUAUGAAAGAAAAAACUACGAAAGAAAUGAAAGAGGUUAUGAAAGAAAUUAUGAUAGAAAUAAUAAGGGUUAUGAAAGAAACAAUAGUGGUAAUAAUUAUAGUAACAAUACUGGCGGCCUCAGUUUUCUUGAAUAUAGAAAGAAACUAAGAGAUGAGGCACAAUGUAGCCCUGUUUAUGAAAGAUCUCCAUCACCACCAAGGAGAGAGGAAGAUAUCGACAAAAUAGAAGCAGGUUUUCAAAUUACAUCAAAAAAAGAAAAAAAAUCAUCACAUAGACGACGUUCACGUAGUGAAUCAUCAGAUUCAGACUCUUCAAGAGAUAGAUCAUCAGAUAGAAGAAGGAAGAAAGAUAAAAAGAAAGAAGAGAAAAGAAGGAAGAGAAAAGAAAGAAGAAAGAAAAAGAAGAGUAAAAGAUCAAGGUAUUCAGAUUCAUCAGAUUCAUCAGAUUCAUCAUCAUCAUCAGACUCAUCAGAUAGUGAGCACGAAAAAUCAUCCAAAAAACAUCGUCAUAAUCAUCUUAACGACUCAUCAAUGUGGGAAGAAAAAAUUGAACAAACCCAACCGUUAUCAAACAGAGAUAUUGGUCCAAGACCUAUUGCUGAGGUUCAAGUUGGUAGUUACGGUGGUGCUAUGAUGCCAGGUGAAGCAGAUGCUAUGGCUCAAUUCGUUAAAGAUAAUAAACGUAUCCCAAGAAGAGGUGAAGUCGGUCUAACUAGUGACCAAAUUGAAAAUUUCGAAAAUAUUGGUUAUGUUAUGAGUGGUUCAAGACAUCGUAGAAUGAAUGCCGUUCGUCUCCGUAAAGAAAGUCAAGUUUAUUCAGCAGAGGAACAAAAGGCCCUUGCCAUGCUCAAUAGAGAAGAAAAAGCUAAACGUGAAAAUCGUCUAUUGGCUGAUUUUAGAGAUUUAAUUAAUUCAAAACUUCAAGCUGAUUAA